AUGACUAGCAUGUCUUCCAAUCACAAGCCACUCUUUCCAGUUGAGAAAUCACUGAUGUCUUACUGGAUGAAGAAGCGUCAUUCUCUGGCAUCUUUCUGCAGCUCCAAUGCACUCCCUAAACAAUGCGAUAUAGCCAUCAUCGGCACCGGAAUGUCUGGAGUCGCAACAGCGUACCACAUACUAUCAAAGCCAGACACUGGACUCGAACAGCCAAGCGUUGUUCUCCUUGAAGCACGUCAAGCCUGUUCUGGAGCGACCGGGCGCAAUGGCGGCCACACCAAGCUGGCGACGCCCGUCAUUCACCGACUGGCCGAAACCCAUGGAAUCGAAGCUGCGGCUCAAAUAGUUUGUCAUCAGCUAGAUCAACUAACUGCUCUGAAAGAAGUAGUUGACAAAGAGGACAUUGAUUGUGAAUUCUUGAGCACUCGCUCUUUUGAUAUCUUCUUUGAUGAGAAGCAUGCUCAGCAAAUGUAUGCGUUCAUUUCCAGUGAACAAGCAAAAGGAACGCCUUGGGUAAAAGAGGUCCAGUGGAUAGGCAAAGAACAAUCAGACAAGAUUACUGGUGUCAAGAAUACCAAAGGCGCUCUAAGCGUCCCCGCGGCCUCGCUAUGGCCGUAUAAACUUGUCACAGAAUUGCUUUCAAAGGUCUUAGACCUGGGUGGCCAGCUAUAUACCGAGACUUGUGUCACAGCUGUGAAAGAAAAAGAUAAUGGUGAAACCACUCUUACAACUUCCCGGGGACUUUUGACAGCGAGAAAGACUAUUUUUGCAACGAACGCUUAUACCGCCGCCCUACUUCCUCAAUACGAAUCAAUAAUCACCCCCUUUAAAGGGCAAAAUUCGCAUCUUUCUCCCUCUCCAUCUUUCACGCCGCCUAUGCUUCUUGACAACACUUACAAUCUUCAUUUCGACUCGCAUUACGCGGACUAUCUGAUCCCAAGACCUGACGGAACAAUUAUACUUGGGGGCGCAAAAUGGACAUACGAGCAUGAUCUUAAAAUAUGGUGGAAUAGUGUUGAUGAUUCGACAUUAAUCAACAAUGAGACUACGACGCAUUUCGAUUCGGUUAUGGCCGAUCAUUUCUAUGGUUGGGAGAAUGCCGCAGCGCAACAUGACAUGGUCUGGACAGGCAUCAUGGCAUCUACGCCAGAUGUACUGCCUCAUGUGGGAAGGAUCCCUGGGUCUAAGAACCAGUGGAUUUUAGCAGGCUUCAAUGGUGGUGGAAUGAUACAAAUCUUUACGUUGACCCAAGCAAUUGCCAAGAUGGUUACAAAGGGAAUUGAGUACGAUGGUACAGGUUUACCUGAGCUUUUCAAAGCCACGGAUGCUCGGCUGGCUGUCCGCCACCAGAAAUAG